AUUAAUAAUGUUUGACGAACAGUUUUCAUUGAGAUCGAUCGGAUUUGUUAGCAAGUACUUGAAUACAUGUCUUGAGGAGGAAGUGUCUACAGUUCAGUUCAGUAUUCGACUGCGAAAAUGGGGUCAGGACUUGGAUCACUGUUCGCAAUUGACAUGGCCAUUCAGUGGUCGCUCUGGGCUGUUGCCGCUGCAUUGAAAACAGAGAAAUUUUAUGAUUUGGCUGGAUCAAGCACAUUUGGGUUGUUAGUGGCCAUGUCAUACAGAAACAGCUCUGGUCAUUUGAGGCAGAAAAUCCAAACAGCCAUGGUGGCUACAUGGGCUGCACGACUAGGCCUGUUUCUCUUCGGUCGUGUCAUGAAGCAAGGCUCUGAUAGUCGAUUCGACAAAGUAAAGAAUCAGCCAGGCACGUUCUUGAUGUACUGGACUGUUCAAGGUUUAUGGGUUAUGGUGACAUUGCUCCCCACAUUAAUGCUCAAUUCCAGCCGUCAAAACCCUCCUCUUUGUUCUCUUGACUAUCUGGGUUGGGCACUGUGGGCAAGUGGCUUUCUUCUGGAAGUAGUUGCUGAUGAACAAAAGCGAAGGUUCCGCUUGGAUCCCAGUAACACAUCUAAGUGGAUAGAGAGUGGCGUGUGGUCAUGCUCCAGACAUCCAAACUACCUUGGCGAGAUCAUGCUAUGGGCGGGCUUAUUCACCUCUGCUUCAGCGGUGUUCUCGGGAUGGCAAUGGGCUUCACUUGGAUCGCCACUAUUUGUCGCUUAUUUGCUGACAAAGGUAUCUGGUAUUCCUAUCCUAGAACGACAAGCACAUAGGCGCUGGGGGACUAUACCUGCUUUUAUGGAAUACAGGAAGCGGACGGCUGUGUUGGUGCCUUGGAUUUGGUAACUUGAACUGUGUGGAAGCGUUGCUGUUAGUAACAUCUUCUGUGUGUGUGUGUGUGUGUAUGUGUGUGUGUAUGUGUGUGUGUUCGUGAGUGUGUGUGCGUGAGUGUGUGUGUGCGUGGGUGUGCGCGUGAGUGUGUGCGUGCGUGCGUGGGUGUGCGCGUGUGUGUGUGUGGGUGUGUGUGUGCGUGCGUGUGUAUCAAGUAGGCGUAUGCUUUUUGUUCCUGUGCUUGGACACUAUUACAUGUACAGUGUAUGUAUAUAGACUAACAUCUCUACAGUGUACAUGCACUGUGUCAUGUACUCUUCUACAUUGUGCCAAAGGCAAUGACUGCCAGGAUGCUGUAGGCUGUCGUAACAACAUGCAGUGUAGGACUGUCAGGAUAUGUUCACUCCACUCAAUCCUCUUACCUGUGCUGCUUUAGUCUGUCUUGGCUGACUUGGCUGACUUGCACUCUGCUGUCAAUGGGAAAUGUCUUAUUACUAGGAAUGUGUUGAUGUCCACCAAGAGUAGAAACUGUUUGUUUAGCGUGUGUUUGUGUUGAAUGUAGUUUUGCUUCAUUAUUUGCUGGUUAGAAGGCACGCAGUGUUUUUUAUCUGUUUUGGCCCUUUUGGGAGUAGUUUGCUUGUAAUAUAUAUACACGUCCCUAUUCUUCUGCGGCGUAUUUUGCCUGCCCGGGUAUUGACUCAUAAUUGUUCAUCCCUGAAUUUUAUCCUCGUCGUCACGGCUGACGUCGGCUGAUUAUUUAGAAUGUUGUACACGUACAUGCAGUGACUUGUAUGUGUGUGCAUUUGUGUGCAUCAUGUGCAUGUUGUCAUCUGCCUCAAUUGAAUUUGUAAUCGAGCUUGGCUGAUUGGCUGCAGUCAUAAUGGUUGUGCAAUUCUGCACCUUGGUCACUUAUGGUAAUGAUGGGGAAAUACUUUCUGAAAUCUAGACACUAACAAUGAUACAUUGUGGCUGGUGUUGCUGUUGUGCAUACCCACUGCUUUACAUUCUGCUUUGAUAGAUGUUUUACUAUUUUACAUGUACACACUUUGCUUGGCCAUGUUUGGUGUGUUGAGUUUGUCACGGUGCUAUUUGAAGCAAGACUGUUUGGAAGAUCUGUGUAUCUGCCACAA